AUGGAAAGUAGAAAAAAAAAAGGUGUGAAAUGGACAAAGAUUAAGCUUUUCUUUUUCUUUGUCCUCUUUCUUUUAUUUUCUCUGUCUUUCCUGUUUUCUUUUUUCUUCUUUUAUUCUUUUCUUUCUUCUCUUUCUUUUUUUCUUUCUUCUUUUUCUCUUUCUUUUUUCUCUUUUCUUUCUUCUUUUUCUCUUUCUUUUUUCUCUUUUCUUUCUUCUCUUUUUCUUUCUUUUUCUCUUUUCUUUUCUCUCUCCUUCACCACUAGUUUCUCUCUCUUACCUUUUCUCUUUUUUUCUGUCUCUUACCUUUUCUCUUUUUUUCUGUCUCUUACCUUUUCUCUUUUUUUCUGUCUCUUACCUUUUCUCUUUUUUUCUGUCUCUUACCUUUUCUCUUUUUUUCUGUCUCUUACCUUUUCUCUUUUUUCUAUCUCUUACCUUUUCUUUUUUCCUAUCUCUUACCUUUUCUUUUUUUCCUAUCUCUUACCUUUUCUUUUUUUCUGUCUCUUACCUUUUCUCUUUUUUUCUGUCUCUUACCUUUUCUCUUUUUUCCUAUCUCUUACCUUUUCUCUUUUUUCCUAUCUCUUACCUUUUCUCUUUUUUCCUAUCUCUUACCUUUUCUCUUUUCCUAUCUAUCUUUACCUUUUCUUUUUUUCUGUCUCUUACCUUUUCUCUUUUUCUGUCUCUUACCUUUUCUCUUUUUUUUCUGUCUCUUACCUUUUCUCUUUUUUUGUCUCUUUACCUUUUCUCUUUUUUCUGUCUCUUACCUUUUCUCUUUUUUCUGUCCCUUACCUUUUCUUUUUUUCUGUCUCUUACCUUUUCUCUUUUUUCUGUCUCUUACCUUUUCUCUUUUUUCUAUCUCUUAUCAUUUUUUUUUCCCUAUCUCUUACCUUUUCUUUUUUUCUAUCUCUUACCUUUUCUUUUUUUCUAUCUCUUACCUUUUCUUUUUUUCUAUCUCUUACCUUUUCUUUUUUUCUAUCUCUUACCUUUUCUUUUUUUCUAUCUCUUACCUUUUCUUUUUUUCUAUCUCUUACCUUUUCUUUUUUUCUAUCUCUUACCUUUUCUUUUUUUCUAUCUCUUACCUUUUCUUUUUUUCCUAUCUCUUACCUUUUCUCUUUUUUCUAUCCCUUCUUACCUUUUCUCUUUUUUUCUAUACCUUCUUACCUUUUCUCUUUUUUUCUAUCCCUUCUUACCUUUUCUCUUUUUUCCUAUCUCUUCUUACCUUUUCUCUUUUUUUCUAUCCGUUCUUACCUUUUCUCUUUUUUUCUAUCCGUUCUUACCUUUUCUCUUUUUUUCUAUCCGUUCUUACCUUUUCUCUUUUUUUCUAUCCCGUCUUACCUUUUCUCUUUUUUUCUAUCCCGUCUUACCUUUUCUCUUUUUUUCUAUCCCGUCUUACCUUUUCUCUUUUUUCCUAUCCCUUCUUACCUUUUCUCUUUUUUUUUAUCCCCCGCUUACCUUUUUCUCUUUUUUUCCCGCCUUAAAUUUUUCUUUUUUUCUACCUUUUCUCUUUUUUUUUUUCCUAUCCCGUCUUACCUUUUCUCUUUUUUCCUAUCCCUUCUUACCUUUUCUCUAUCUUUCUCUUUUCUCUUUUCUCUUGUUCUUUUCCUUCCUUUUUCUUUUCUUUACCCUCCUUUUUCUUCAUUUCCAAUUGGAAGUGGAAAGUAG